AGAAAUGAAUCAAAAGCUCGACAUCAGCUGAACCUGCGAGAUGUAGGAAGGACUCAAGGAGUGAUCGACUGACCUUCUCUUUGGCCUUUUCAACAACACAUACGAAAUCCAGAGGUGGAGUUGCAGCCACCAAAUACCGGCCACCUCAUUGCCUAUCUGUUGCUGGGCUAGCUAUAGUUGUAGUAGUAGAAGUGUUUACUGCCGUACUCGCCGGUAGAGGUCAUGAUUGACUUGCCCUUGAUAAACACACGUGUGCAUCAACAAAGACACAAUGAGUUCUUCUUUUGAACCUAUAGCCCAUGUAGGACUUUCUCAGUAGUGUUCGUGAUAUCACUGAAGGCAGAAUUGUGAUGAUGACUUCGGUUGGCAGUAGUAAUGGUGGAGGUGCUCCUUCUGGGGGCUCAUGGAUAUCUCUCCAGAUGCUGUCGUGUUUAGAUCGCCUCAGUCGACUCCCAGAGACAGCACGACUGGUGCUGUGUGUAGCUGGGAUAUUCGUGUGCUACCUGGUGUUUGGAAUCUUCCAAGAGAAAGUAACCCGAGGUUCAUUCGGCGAGCACCAUGAGCGGUUUACAUAUGCCACCGGACUGGUUUUCUGCCAAUGUUUGGUCGGAUGCUUAUUUGCUGGUGGUGUGUUGCAGAUCCAGCCCGAUGUUCCCAAUAACGCUCCAGCUCAUCUCUUCGCGAUCUGCUCCAGUACAUAUGUGUUGGCCAUGAUAACCAGCAAUAAGGCGCUGGAGUACAUUGCCUACCCUGUGCAGGUGCUACUGAAGGCAUGUAAACCCAUUUCAGUUCUCCUGCUCGGUGUCCUACUAGCAGGCAAACGUUACUCGGCGCAGCGUUAUGCCUGCGUCUUCCUCAUCGUCAUUGGCGUGGGAAUAUUUAUGUAUCCUAGUAAAGAUAGGCCGCCCAAAGAAGUUGGCAGUGAGACGUUUGGUGUGGCAUUGUUGGCAUUGUCUCUGGUGUUCGACGGCCUGGUUGGCGCUGUACAAGAAAAGAUCAAUGUGUUCCGGGUGACUUCAUUUCAGCUGAUGUAUGCAACGAAUGCGUACGGCUUUGCUUACUUGUUUGCUGCGUUGCUGAUUUCUGGAGAAGGCAUCGCAUUUGGAAGCUUCCUGGCUCGCUACCCGUAUGUAAUAUGGGAUAUUGUUGGCUUCAGCUUUGUUAGUGCUCUUGGACAGAGCUUUGUCUUCUUGACGAUAACGAACUUCGGACCGCUGGUCUGUUCACUGGCGACGACUCUGCGCAAGUUCACGACAAUCCUCCUGUCCAUUGUUCUCUUCGGCAACCAUCUGAUCGGCCGGCAGUGGCUGGCGGUUUUCAUUGUUUUCUUUGCCCUGCUGCUGGAGAGCCUUUCCAAACGGAAGAAGGCAACGGCCACGCAUUUACCUGGGCACCAGCCCACCUCCUCGGUGUGACACAUUACCGUGUUUCAAUAUGGAGAGAGUAUUAGACAAAAUGCAGGCCAUCGCCGUAUACCUGUCUUGUGCGUGUUGAUGUCAGCACAGCGCAAGCACCAUACUCAUAGCUAGGAUUGCCUAUACGUUCAAAUUUUGACCCAAAGGUGGGUCGAGCACUCUACCAUUCAAAUGUUGACGUAUUAUAUUUCCGCCCCAGUCAUCACCUGUUCUCUUCAUGCAUGUAGAUGUGUAUUUAUUUUUACCGUAGUAUUUUGGUAACAUCAGGUUGUAUUAUUAUAUAACUUUUUUUAUUCAACUUUAUUCGAGGUUCUCAUCCUUGCUUCGACUAUGAUGAGAUUUAGUGUGUAUAAUGGCUUUCCCAGCUUUAGUAAGAUUUACAUUUUUAGGACAUGUUAUCAUGUAUAGCUUUGCGUAUGAACACAUGAACACUAGGUACUUGACAAUCUUGAUCUUCUCGGUUUGGA